CAAUGCUCACAUUCCUAAUUUGAUAUCUUUUGUCAAAAAACGAAUAUAAAUUGUUGUCAACCUUUCUUCUCAGUGAAUUCUAGUUUGACACAAUUGGAGUUAAUACAAAAGGAGACCAAAAAUCUGCAACAUAAAGUUUGGAAAAUAUAAAUUCAAUGAUAUAAUUGUAAAUAGUUAAAAGAAAGUGGAAAGUAAGCUGGUAAAAAUGUCUACUGUCAGAAAAGCAACCCAUUCUGGAAGCUGGUACACCAAUUUAGGUCCGGAGUUGUCACGUCAAUUGGAUCGCUGGCUGGUUGCUGCCGAACUUUCACACGGACCGGCACGUGCAAUUAUUGCGCCACAUGCUGGCUACACCUACUGUGGCGCUUGUGGCGCCUUCGCCUAUCGACAAGUCAGUCCCGCUGUAGUGAAAAGAAUUUUCAUAUUGGGUCCGUCUCAUCAUGUACGUCUGCGGGGCUGUGCCUUGACUACUGCGAAGAAAUACAAAACACCUCUUUAUGAUCUCAGGAUUGAUACUCAAAUCAAUGCCGAAUUGGAAAAGACUGGAAAUUUCUCAUGGAUGGACAUGAAAACAGAUGAGGAUGAACAUAGUAUCGAAAUGCACUUGCCAUAUAUAGCAAAAGUUAUGGAAGAUUUCAAAGAUCAGUUCACGAUCGUGCCAAUUUUAGUCGGUUCUUUGAAUCCCGAACAGGAAGCUCUGUAUGGUGGCCUUCUAGCAAACUAUUUUACAGAUCCACAAAACCUCUUUGUGAUAUCAUCGGACUUUUGUCAUUGGGGACACCGCUUCAACUAUACGUAUUACGAUCGCUCAUGUGGUCAAAUUUACUCAUCUAUUGAAAAGCUUGAUAAAGAUGGCAUGGCCAUUAUUGAAACACUUAAUCCCAAUGCUUUUACUGAAUAUCUACGAAAGUACAACAAUACAAUUUGUGGCCGUCAUCCGAUUGGUGUGAUGCUUAAUGCUGUAAAAGUGUUGCAAAGUCAAGGUUAUAGUAAUAUGAGCUUUAAAUUUCUUAAGUAUGCUCAAAGCAGUCAAUGCAAGGAUAUGGAUGAUUCCAGUGUUAGCUAUGCCUCCGGAUCCUUAGUGUUUGAAUCUUAGGGUGUUUGGAAAAUUUAAAACUUUUGUGUGCAAAUACGUACCCCAAAUUCUGGCAGACUAUUUCUGAGUUUUUUUUU